GCUGAACAUGUAUUUAAAGGAAGUGGUUUGUUCUGGAUCUGAUAUUUAGAAGUUUAUUAUAUCUUCAGCGGUUCUCGAUUUCCAUUGUCCCAUUCGAAAUCAAUCAAGAUGCGUGAGAUCCACACUCAGCUUUAUCCCAACGAACAGGUUGGAAUAGCAGUCGGGGAUUAUGCAUUCAACCAUUCAUCUGUCCUCCCCUCUAACGUAUCUGCCUUUCAUGACUGGGGAAUGAAGACACAAGAGAAGUCUUUCUUUAUGAUCUCGCCAUUGCAGGCACAGUUUCACAUAUGGUUGGCUAAGGCGAUGGGAUUCAAGCGCAUUCUGGAAAUUGGAACGUAUAUCGGGUUCUCGACUCUGGCAUGGGCCGAUGCAGUAGGUCCCUCAGGCCACGUCACUACUUUGGAAUUCGAGCCAGAGUAUGCCAGGAUCGCACAGGAGCUGUUUGAAAGGGAGGGAGUGAAGAACGCUGAAGUGAUUGUUGGAGACGCUGGAGAAUCCCUGAUGAAGCUGGCGCAUACCUUACAGGAGCCUUUCGACAUGAUAUUCAUCGAUGCCGACAAGCCGUCAUACCCAAAAUAUCUCAAACUUAUAGAAUCACUCUCCAAUCCCACAUCUGGUAACGUCCGGCUUUUGAGAACAGGAGGGAUCAUUUUGGCAGAUAAUGUCCUUCGCCGAGGGUUGAUCGCAGACUCAUCACCAAACAAUCCAUGGACCACAGCCCCCAAACAGCCUGGCGAACGUACUUGGACUUCGGCUGAUUUCAAUUCGCUUGAUGAGUUCAACAAAGCUCUGGCAAAACAUCCAAGGUUCGAGACGUUCCUUCUACCCAUGUUCGACGGCCUCGGCAUGGGUCGUAUUCUCGACUAGGUAGAAACAAUGCUGGUCGAACCAACAAAUGGUUGUUUGAGGAUAGUGUGGUAACAUGUCACCCAUGUGUUGCAUUGGACUUAGAUAUAUUACCCAAGCAUGGCUUGAAUUCAACUUCAUUCCUUGUCUUUAACAAUUUGCCGUACGAUCCCAUUAGAAGAUAGUGAAAGCAUUUCGAUUAUAAGAGCAACUGUUGCAAUAGACGUUUACCCCGCUUGCUCCAGAAGUUCAGCCCCCUUUGCAAGAUUUCAAGAACGCAUUUUAGAGAUUCCUAGCUAGUGUAAAAGAUGGCUUACUCGGGAUAUCCUAAAAGGGCCAAUGAACAUAGG